AUGGCAAACCCUCCGGGGCAGGGUAACCCUGGCUUGGUGCCACCCUCGCAGGAUCAGCAGCAGCAGCAAGGUCCACCUCCCCACCAGAUGCCUCAACCUCAGCAAGGAUUGCAGUCCGGUCCUUAUCAGGGAAACUAUCCUCAGCCGCCAGUAGUGAACGGUUACGGAUCGCAAGCGCAGAUUGCUUCCCCAGGUCCUGGCAAGCCACGCAACAACCGCGGGCCUUUGGGCCAUACGAAUACCCCGCAGCAGUCUCAACCUAUGUCUUAUUCGGGAGCUUCCCCUCAAAUGGGAAGACCAAGCCCUCCUCCGCCGUUCCACAACGUUGGCAACAUGCUUGCAGACCUGGAUCCUGAUCAAAUGAGGCCAGAACAGAAACGUGAUGGGAACGAUUGGUUCGCAAUCUUCAACCCCAAUGUGCGACGGGUGUUGGAUGUUGACCUCGUUCAUAAUCUUCUCCACGAGAGUGUUGUUUGCUGCGUACGUUUCAGCCGCGACGGAAGAUAUGUGGCCACUGGCUGCAAUCGCUCGGCGCAGAUCUUCGAAGUCUCGACUGGCAACCAGGUUACUAAACUACAGGACGAUUCAGUCGACAAGGACGGCGACCUGUACAUUCGAAGCGUAUGCUUCAGUCCUGACGGAUUGUACCUCGCGACUGGUGCAGAGGACAAGCAGAUUAGAGUUUGGGAUAUUCAAAGUCGUACUAUCAAGACCACCUUUGCGGGCCAUGAGCAGGAUAUCUACUCUCUAGACUUCGCUAGCAACGGCAGACACAUCGCUUCUGGAAGUGGCGACCAUUCAGUCCGCGUUUGGGACAUGGAGUACAACCGCGAGUCUCUCAAUCUUAUGAUCGAAGAUGGCGUCACAACCGUAGCGAUCUCCCCUUCAGGCGACUAUGUCGCAGCGGGCUCCCUUGACAAGAGCGUUAGGGUCUGGGACGUACGCAAUGGCCACCUCAUUGCCAGACUGGAUGGUAUGGAUGGCCACAAAGAUAGUGUUUACUCUGUGGCCUUUGGACCGGAUGGCGAAACCUUAGUUAGUGGCAGUCUGGACAAGACCAUCAAGAUGUGGCAACUCUCUCCUGACAAUAGAGGAGGCAUGAUGGGAGGUGGAAUGAUAAGAGGUGGGAGGUUGGUGAGGACCUUCGAAGGUCAUAAGGACUUCGUUCUCAGUGUGGCACUUACUCCAGAUGGCGAGUGGGUACUGAGUGGUUCGAAGGACCGUGGGGUCCAAUUUUGGAACCCACGCACUGGCGACACACAAUUGAUGCUUCAGGGCCACAAGAAUUCAGUCAUCUCCGUUGCUCCAAGUCCUCAGGGUGAGUUGUUUGCAACAGGUAGUGGAGAUAUGCGUGCUAGGAUUUGGAAAUAUGGAGCUUACCGGGGCACUUAG